AUGCAUACGCCGCUGGCAAACGAGAUAAACAGGGAGUCCACGCCGUUGAACACGAGGCCCAUUACUCCGUAUACUUUGAAAGCACCCGUAGAGGCGGACGGGUUUUCGUGGCCCUCUUUCGGGGCCAGGCAGCGCGCGGAGGAGACGCCCGAGCAGGAACAGCAACGGAUUGGUAGGAUCGCCGACGCGGUGCGCACGAUUUUGACCGAGGUAGGGGAGGAUGUCACUAGAGAGGGGAUCUUGGACACGCCGGAGAGGUACGCAAAGGCUAUGCUGUACUUCACGAAGGGGUACCAGACGAACAUCCGGGCGGACGUCCUCAACAACGCCGUCUUUGAGGAGGACCACGAGGAGAUGGUCAUUGUACGGGACAUUGAGAUCUACUCGCUGUGCGAGCACCAUCUCGUUCCCUUCUACGGGAAAGUCCACAUUGGGUACAUCCCCAACAAAAAGGUCAUCGGCCUCAGCAAGCUCGCCAGACUCGCAGAGAUGUACGCUAGAAGACUACAGGUGCAAGAGAGACUCUCCAAACAGAUCGCGAUGGCACUGCAGGCGAUCUUGAAACCGAUGGGUGUCGCCGUCGUUAUUGAGGCAACGCACAUGUGCAUGGUUUCCAGAGGAGUCGAAAAGACCGGGUCGUCCACGGUCACUUCCUCGAUGCUGGGAUGCUUUAGGGCUCACAGAACAAGAGAAGAGUUUCUCACUUUGUUAAAUAGAAGGUAA